AGGCGUAAUCCGCGUGGCGCUGCUUGACUACUUUGAAUGUAAGUUCACGCAUCUACUUGUUAUAUGAGUAUGGUUGUGUAAUUUACGCGGGAAAAAUAGCCAAACACAGAAGAUUGUCAUUCGACCGAUUAAUAUUUGUCGAAGAAUAAAUACGAACGAGAGGACAAUAUCGGGCAAGAGUGUUUAUAUCUAAAUUCGUUAAAAAAUGGCGAACAAAGUAUCGAGAGAUUAUAUUAAAGACAGGGAGCAAUUGAAGACUUUCUUUCUGGAGUUUGUUUCAAUGGAUGACAAUACUUCACACAAAAAUUUUAAGUACAGACAACAACUCACCAAGAUAGCACACAGAGAACAGAUUAGUUUAGAAGUUGAUUUAGAUGAUGUGCAAACAUUUGAUGAUGACUUAGCCAUAUCUAUCACAAACAACACACGGAGAUAUACCAAUUUAAUUUUAGAUCUAGUUCAAGAGAUAUUACCCGACUUCAAAGAGAAAACCGUUUUACCUAAAGAUUCUUUGGACAUUUAUAUGGAGCAUCGAGCACUAAUGCAAACUCGCAACAGACAACCGGGUGACACUCAUGACACUAGAGUACAAUAUGCUCCUGAAUUAAUGCGUCGUUUUGAAGUAUAUUUUAAAGAUUUUUCUGACUCAAAAGCAUAUUCCGUGAGGGAUAUUAAAGCAGACAAGAUUGGAAAAUUGGUGACGGUUAGAGGUAUUGUUACGAAAACUACUGAGGUAAAGCCAAUGAUCGUUGUGGCAACGUACACAUGCGACGAAUGCGGUUCAGAAGUGAGCCAGCCUGUACAAUCUUUAAGUUUUAUGCCAUUGCGGACUUGUCCGAGUGACGGAUGCCGCGUGAAUAAAUCAGGUGGCAGGCUAUACAUGCAAACGAAGGGCUCGAAAUUUAUUAAGUUUCAGGAAAUGAAGCUGCAAGAACAUAGUGAACAAGUCCCGGUUGGUCAUAUACCACGAUCCUUAACUAUCUUCUGCAGAGGCGAGACAACGAGAAAUUGUAUGCCGGGUGAUCAUGUCAUUGUGACCGGCGUGUUCUUGCCCUUCGUGAAGACCGGUUACAAUGCUAGAUCUGGACCGGCGCUUUCCAGCGAAACUUAUUUGGACGCACAUAAAAUAAUAUGUCUGAAUAAUGCUGACUCGACAGACGACAGCAGUGCCGAAUUGACCGAUGAAGAACUGAGUUUACUGAUGCAGAGUGACUUCUACAGCAAGUUGGCUUGUUCUUUGGCUCCCGAAAUUUACGGGCUCGAGGAUGUGAAGAAGGUAUUGCUGUUGUUGCUCGUUGGCGGAACGGAUAAAAAAAAAGGCGACAUUAAGAUCCGAGGCAAUAUUAAUAUCUGUUUGAUGGGAGAUCCCGGUGUGGCCAAGUCGCAAUUGUUAUCCUAUAUCACACGAUUGGCUCCAAGAUCACAAUACACCACUGGAAGGGGAUCGUCGGGCGUAGGUUUGACCGCUGCAAUUAUGAAAGAUCCUCUGACCGGUCAGAUGGUGCUGGAGGGUGGUGCUUUAGUAUUGGCGGAUCAAGGAGUAUGUUGCAUCGACGAAUUCGACAAAAUGGCGGACGCGGACAGAACAGCGAUCCACGAGGUGAUGGAGCAACAGACUAUAUCGAUCGCUAAAGCCGGUAUAAUGGCCCGUUUGAAUGCCAGAGUCUCCAUAUUAGCCGCUGCCAAUCCGGCUUACGGCAGAUACAAUCCGCAGAGGUCAAUCGAGCAAAAUAUUCAAUUGCCCGCCGCGUUAUUAUCGCGAUUUGACCUAUUAUGGCUCAUUCAGGACCGCGCAGAUCGAAGUAACGAUCUCAAACUAGCACAGCACAUCACUUAUGUCCACCAGCAUUGCUCGCAACCUCCGACAGAGACGGAGGCUAUCGACAUGAAAUUGAUUAGAAAAUAUAUAAAUCUAUGCAAAAUGAAGGAACCUACCGUAUCGGAGGAGUUAACGGAAUAUAUUGUGGAUUCUUACGUGGAAAUGCGAAAAGAAGCGCGCAAUAGCCACGAUAAAACAUUCACGUCCGCCCGUAACUUGCUGGCUGUUCUCCGGCUGUCGACUGCGUUGGCACGACUGCGACUGGCGGACGUGGUCGAGAAGGACGAUGUCGCGGAAGCGAACAGACUGAUCGAGAUGUCGAAACAUUCCAUCAAUUUUUCCGAACAACGUACGAAUACACAACAGAAUCCGACCAAUAGAAUUUUCCAUUUGAUACGGGAGCUCGCCGGCGAUAAGAAGACGGUCAAGGUAUCCGACAUCUUGGAGCGAUGCACGAGCAAAGGGUUCAAACCUGAUCCCGUGUACAAGUGCAUUGAAGAGUACGAAGCGUUGAACGUGUGGCAGGUCAAUCAGACCAGAAGAUUGAUUACUUUCAUCUAAUUUUUUACCACAAAAAUCGUCGCUUCUAAUAUUUUUUAUACCUAAAAAGGCAUUAUGCUCUGCGGCGAUGAGAGGUUUGCAUUUUUCUAUUUAACGUUUUCCCCUCAAUAUAUAUUUAUUAUAAUUACAUUAAAUUAAAAAUGUUCCAAACA